AUGUCGUUCAACAUCGCGGAGGAAUUCGCCUACCAACAGGCUUACAUAGCUGAUGAUAAAGGUCCCACAGUGAUUGGUUGUGCCAUAUUCUUUAUCGCUUUCCCUACCAUCGUGGUCGCAUUAAGGUUCCUGGCGAGGUAUCUAAAAAAGUUACCGCUGAAUCUCGAUGACUACUUCACACUUUCUGCUCUGGUCGCUGUGAUACUCCUCUGUGUGCUCAAUAUCCUGUCUGCCAAUCAUGGUGUUGGAAGACAUGCCAUUGCUGUGAACGCGGCAACUGUAUAUAUAGUGUUGAAACUUGGCUUCUUCAGCUCGAUUGCAUAUGCAUGGGUCCACUUUUUCGUGAAAUGGUCCAUUCUCCUUCUCUAUCGCCGUAUCUUUGGUAUGCAGAAGCGAUGGUUCAGGUUCACCUUCUGGACUAUUGGGAUAUAUGUCACGUCUUGGACGCUUUCGCUCUUCAUCCUAGAGGUCACUCAAUGUCGUCCACUCAACUACUUAUGGCUUCAAUAUUCACCAGCUGGCAUCCAAGGUCUUGUCAAGGGCAGAUGCACUCUUUCCGUCGACGUCCCAGAACAAGCCUUCUGUGCCCUCAACUCGCUGGCUGAUUUCGCACUUCUUAUCAUCCCUGCCGUUGCAAUGGGAAAGUUGAAGAUGAACCUCAACCGCAAGAUAGGAUUUAUUGCUAUCUUCCUGAUCGGCACCUUGGCAUGUGCCGCUGGGCUGGUCAGGUUUGCUAUGGCAUUCAAUGGCAUAGGCAACAGCACAGAUAUCACCUGGCAAAUGAGCACAUUCUACAAUUGGACUGCCAUCGAAGCUGGCGUCGGACUCUUAUGCGCUUGCUUUCCAGUCAUCGCACCACUCUUUAGACUCAACAUAUCCCAAAAGCAAUACCCUAUUGCCGAACAGCAACUCGAAAGUUCUCAGUCCCACUAUGACACUAGGUCGGGAUGGCUCGAUGUGAAGAACACCGGCCACGAAACCCGGUAUUCCGAAGACUCUGAAGCCACUCUUCAUGAGAAGCUUCCAGCCUCUGAGUACCCUCCUAGCUAUGGCCUCGAUACGAUUGUCAGAACAGAGAUCCUACCCUUCCCGCCUCCUACGCGCAUUAGAGACAGUUACCAGGAGAGGAGGGAGCUUCUGCACCCCGGUUUAGGAGAUCCAAGGGUUGUGAAUGAGGUGUAUCGUGGAGUGGCACCUGAAAAUAUGGGACUUGAUAGAGAUGGGAAGCCGUUACCGAUGACAGGGAUUAAGGUCAAGACCAAUGUCGAGUUUGUGAGGAGUUCUACGGUACGUUCACGAGGUGAUAUUGAUAGGUGCGAGCUGUUGACCCCUGAAAACGAUAUAUGGGGUUUGACUAGUGCAAAAUAA